AUGAAAUCUCUCCAAAAAUUACUUAAAAAUAACAAAGAUUUGGGACAUUAAUACAUUGAUUUUAUGUAGCUUUUUGAGAAGAAAUUAAAAUCAUGUAUCAUUAAUCAUAAUUCGCGUAAAAAUAUUCUAGCUCAAUACAAAUAACAAUAAUACGUUCAUUCUCCAAUGCCAUUUUUUGAAUCUGACGAACUUGUGGUUUAUGGUUCAUUUGAGAAUAGUAAUAUUCAUGGAUGUUGUUAAGAAGAAAAAGGAGUAUUGAAUGUUUUACUUUCAAGUGAUACUAAUACUUAAGGUUGCACUUAAUGGUUUUAUUUUGGUAUCAAGAUGCAUAAUGAAGGAAAACUUAAAAUACGUAUAUUAAACAAUCGCCGUUAAAAUACACUCUUUAAAGAUUGUAAUCAUGUUUAUGUUUAUGAUGAUGAAAAAUGGUCUGUAGGUAAAACAAAAGAGAUGUACUAUUAUAGAACAAAUAUAAAUCAUCCAUUUUAUCAUCAUGAAGAUGCUGGCAUAGCUUAACUUUAAUAAAACUUUUCUUUGUACACUUUAGAAUUUACUUAUGAGUUCAAAUAAACUGAAAAAAUUGUAUUUUUUGCUUUAACUCGACCAUAUCCAAUCAAAAAACUUUAAAGAUUUAUUGAUUAAUGUCCAUUGAAAAGAAAAUCAGUGUGUAUCACAACUUUAGGAUUACCAAUUUGGCAAAUCAAAACUCCAAAAUAAAAUGGAUAAUAAAUAGUAGUAAUAUUGGCAAGAUAACACCCAAGUGAAACUGCUGGAUCUUUUAUAUGUUAAGAAAUUUUACGUAUUUUAUGCAAAGGACAUUCAAGUAUGUAAAAGUAUAGAUUUAUAAUCUAUCCAAUGCUAAAUCCAGAUGGAGUUUUUUUGGGGAAUUCCCGUUGUAAUUUUAAUGGUGUAGAUUUAAAUAGGUAAUAUAUAUAUUUAAAAUUUUAGAAAAUGGGACAAUCCAAAAUAAAAAACAGAACCUGAAGUUCAUUAUGUUUUUAAAUCAAUUUCUAAAUAUUCUAAUAUUGCUUUUAUGAUUGAUUUACAUGGUCAUUCAAAAAAGUUUAAUUAAUUUCUUUAUGGUUGUUUACAUGGAAAAAGUGUUUCAGAGUAUAUGAAGAUUAGAUAGUUUGGAAAGAUUCUAGCUCAUCAUAAUGAAAUUUUCUCAUUUAAAGUACCUUAAUAUUUAAUUGAGGGAUUGUUCAUAUGGUGUUAGUCCUGAUAGAGUUGGUACGGCUAGAGUUGCAUUAUGGAAGAGAUUGAAUAUUGCAAAUUCAAUGACAAUAGAAACAAGUAUUUAUGGUUAAAUGGGUCGGGCCUUUAAUUUGGAAGAUUAUCAUAAACUUGCUUAAAAUAUUUUGAAUGCACUUGAUCUCUAUAAUGAUUAGAUAGACUCACCUGAAUUGAAUAUUAAUAGAGAGAUGAGCAAGGCAUUAAAAUAUGAUAGUGGAAGUGAUUCUGAAGCUGAAGAAGAUUUGAUUAUACCACGACCAAAUAGAAUUAAAAUUACAUCCAGAAAAGAAUCUUCAUGUAAACAUUAAUCUGUUGGAUAUGGAAACAUUAAACCAAAAAUAGAGACUCCCUAAUUAAUACAUCAACAUAGUUAAUUUUUUAAGGAUUAAUCCUUUGUUGAAUUAUAACCAUAGCCUUCCAAACUUCUUAGUCAGAGUUAAAAUAAAGUUCAACUAUAGAAGAUAAGGUCUCGAAUGAACUCAUUUUAAAGCCAAUACAUAGAAGAAUAGCCUAAAUUAGGAAGUAUGAUAUCAGCUUUGCAAGUUAAAUAAUUAUUUAAAUGAAAUUAAUUCUUGCUCUUCUUAUGACAAUAGCAUAUUGUACAAAUGNGCUUAACUUUAAUAAAACUUUUCUUUGUACACUUUAGAAUUUACUUAUGAGUUCAAAUAAACUGAAAAAAUUGUAUUUUUUGCUUUAACUCGACCAUAUCCAAUCAAAAAACUUUAAAGAUUUAUUGAUUAAUGUCCAUUGAAAAGAAAAUCAGUGUGUAUCACAACUUUAGGAUUACCAAUUUGGCAAAUCAAAACUCCAAAAUAAAAUGGAUAAUAAAUAGUAGUAAUAUUGGCAAGAUAACACCCAAGUGAAACUGCUGGAUCUUUUAUAUGUUAAGAAAUUUUACGUAUUUUAUGCAAAGGACAUUCAAGUAUGUAAAAGUAUAGAUUUAUAAUCUAUCCAAUGCUAAAUCCAGAUGGAGUUUUUUUGGGGAAUUCCCGUUGUAAUUUUAAUGGUGUAGAUUUAAAUAGGUAAUAUAUAUAUUUAAAAUUUUAGAAAAUGGGACAAUCCAAAAUAAAAAACAGAACCUGAAGUUCAUUAUGUUUUUAAAUCAAUUUCUAAAUAUUCUAAUAUUGCUUUUAUGAUUGAUUUACAUGGUCAUUCAAAAAAGUUUAAUUAAUUUCUUUAUGGUUGUUUACAUGGAAAAAGUGUUUCAGAGUAUAUGAAGAUUAGAUAGUUUGGAAAGAUUCUAGCUCAUCAUAAUGAAAUUUUCUCAUUUAAAGUACCUUAAUAUUUAAUUGAGGGAUUGUUCAUAUGGUGUUAGUCCUGAUAGAGUUGGUACGGCUAGAGUUGCAUUAUGGAAGAGAUUGAAUAUUGCAAAUUCAAUGACAAUAGAAACAAGUAUUUAUGGUUAAAUGGGUCGGGCCUUUAAUUUGGAAGAUUAUCAUAAACUUGCUUAAAAUAUUUUGAAUGCACUUGAUCUCUAUAAUGAUUAGAUAGACUCACCUGAAUUGAAUAUUAAUAGAGAGAUGAGCAAGGCAUUAAAAUAUGAUAGUGGAAGUGAUUCUGAAGCUGAAGAAGAUUUGAUUAUACCACGACCAAAUAGAAUUAAAAUUACAUCCAGAAAAGAAUCUUCAUGUAAACAUUAAUCUGUUGGAUAUGGAAACAUUAAACCAAAAAUAGAGACUCCCUAAUUAAUACAUCAACAUAGUUAAUUUUUUAAGGAUUAAUCCUUUGUUGAAUUAUAACCAUAGCCUUCCAAACUUCUUAGUCAGAGUUAAAAUAAAGUUCAACUAUAGAAGAUAAGGUCUCGAAUGAACUCAUUUUAAAGCCAAUACAUAGAAGAAUAGCCUAAAUUAGGAAGUAUGAUAUCAGCUUUGCAAGUUAAAUAAUUAUUUAAAUGA